AUGAAAACGGGUGGAAAGCUGACAUGGGAAUUAUCAGGUCGACGAUCCCUCCACAUCCAAAAGCAUACCUGCUCCUCCUGCGGAUACCCGGCUGCUAAGAUUCGGCAAUACAACUGGGGCGAGAAGGCAAAGCGUAGGAAGACAACUGGUACCGGUCGCAUGCGUCACAUGAAGGGUGUUCCUCGCAGAUUCAAGAACGGCUUCCAGACUGGUGCACCAAAGGAUUCGAGGGGACCAGCCACCAAGGCCGAGUAA